AUCUUCGUUAUCACCGCAUGAGCUGACGAGCUCACAGGUUUUGUCGUUGUUUUGUGAAUAAUAAUCUUCAUUUCGGUUUUAAUUUCAUGAGGAAUGUAGCAAUUAUUUGAUCAUACAGGCUAAUCCUUUAGUUUUCCUUGCGUUGAUGCUCUGCUUUUUGCCAUAUGUAUGUAAUUGUUUGUGAUAAAAGUUCCUCACGCGUUGUUUAAUUAACAUGUUUUAUGUUAGUUUGGUAUCAACUGAUUUUCAUUUACCUUUUUUUUAUUUCUUAAUUUCUACGUCUAAGCUCUGAAUUGGAGAAAGGUCUUGAUCAGUUUCUGUCUCACACAUAACCUCAACAGUUGAACUUGAAUUUAUCAAGUGGAUGGCAGGGCCUUAUAAACCUUUGCCAAUGGAUGCAAGGAAUUUUCGAAAUCCGCAUGCAAUGCUCAACUACACGUCAUCACUACCUAAUGGAGGUGUGAAUGGUUUGCCCGGAAUGUCGACUGUCAGAACACAGAAGAACCCACCUCCGUUGCCACCAAGGCAUAAUCGCAGGAUUAUCCCCACAUCCCAGAACAGAAGUUCAGUAUACCCGGUUAUGGGUAACUACUCCUAUCCUGGUUACAAUCAGUUCAGUCAUCUUGGAAUGGGAUUUGCGCAUAACUAUGGUUCCUACGGAGGUUACAACAGACUGGGAAGCUAUGGGUAUGGCAAUUCAUACAAUGGGUAUCCAAUGAACAAUGUCGACAGUAGAUUUAUUCAACUUGCAGAAGAGAGAGCGAGGCCUGCUUUCCAGUCCAUAGAAUCAGUUUUACAAACCUUCAGUGCAAUUAGUUUAAUGUUAGAUUCAACGUUCAUGGCAAUGCAUACAUCAUUCCACGCUGUGUUGGGUGUUGCAGAAAACUUUGCCAAACUGCGAUCAUUCCUCAGACAAUUUCUGUCAACCAUAGCCACCUUCAAACUCAUCCGGUGGUUCUACAGACAUAUUUUAUACUUUUUAGGACUUGUAUCGCAAAACGCGACAAAAGAAGAGUUAUGGCAGGAAGCCUUACACCGCACGGCUUCUGAUCCACUUCCCUCAACCCCUCAAAAUAGACUGUCUAUCCCAGUAAUCAUGUUCAUGGGCCUAAUGUUGACCGGGCCCUACAUUAUUUUCAAGUUGCUAAACUCUUUGUACUCAUCAGAGCAAGAAGAGACGGAAGCUUGGAACCCCUCAGUAGACCCCUAUCAACUAGUGAGAGCUGUCUACGAUUUUCAGGGUCAAGCAGAAGGCGAGCUUAGCUUUCAACAAGGGCAGACAUUAAAAAUGGCACCGCUCAAAGAGGCAGAUCAAACCUCUGGUUGGGCUCUAGUUGCUGAUCAAUACAAUAGAAUAGGUUAUGCACCAAUUAAUCGGUUAUCUCUGGGCCCUUUGGUUCAGAACAACCACCAAAAUAAUCAAUCGCAGCAGUCUCAACCUCUUACCGUUCCCAAGGACGUAAAUCAAAUGAAUAGCCCCGAGACACCUACACCAAAUCAAGAAGUGUAAUUUUUACCAAGUUCGUCCUUGACCUUACUUGGUUUUGUUGAUUUUUAUUGUUAACUUUGUUUGAUAUAAAUAGUUUUUCAACUGAAUCUUGCCUAAGUAUCUUAAGAUUGGAAUGAAUUUUCAUGUAAGUUGCAAGGUACACUCUACAACAGGUAUGGACAAAUGGAAUUUUAGAAAGUCGUCAAAACGCGUAGAUUUGACAGCAUCGAGAGUACGACUGCGAAGACAUACGCGGCAAAUGGACGGUACGACUUCAUACGUCACUCGAUCGCCGAUUUUCUCAGCGCUGCCACUUCGGCACCCCGUUUGUCCAUACCUGUAGUAGAGUGUACCUUGGUAAGUUGGCUUUACGAUGGUACCAGUGGGUGUUAAGACAAAGCUGCUUCAUCAAUACCCAUGGGAAUAAAAAAAUAAAAACAUAUGAUCAGAAUUAUUGGUGAACAGGAAUUCUUCUCUACAGAAUGCCUUUCGGUGAUGGUAAUCAGUUUUUACGGAACGGUGAAACUGCAAGAACACAAUCCCUCUCUUAUUGUGAUGUCUUGAGGUUUCCACUUUCUUUAUAUUCAUGUAAAGGAGAAUAUCUCACCAGACUUUUGGGGAUGAUAUUUUCAAUAAAUAUUCUUUUGAAAAAUCUUUUGAAUUUCAGUGUAAGCAAAAUAAAUUAAUUUACUACUUUAUGUUUUAUGAUAAUAAUUUUAUUAGACACCACCAACAUUAUCCUACAUAAAUAUUCCAUGCAUGCUCAACUAAAAAAAAAAAAAGAAAAAAAAAGUAACAAAGGUUAAUUUGUGAGUCAAAUGCUUAUUUUAAAUCGAAUUGUAGAUGUUCCUAUGGCUAUUUUUAGUUAAAAUAUGUGUCAAAA